AUGGAUCUGUAUUAUGAUAAGAAUGAGAUGAUCAUGUAUCCGCCUCCAUUUGCAAUUUUCAAUGAUACGAUGACAGAUGAAACCGAAUCUUCAUCAAUCAUUCUUUCUUCAUUGCUUGGAGUUGUUCUAAGCUUAAUUGCUUUUACAACAGCGAUGGGCAAUAUUAUCGUACUUUUGGCAUUUUAUUGUGACAAAAAGUUACGUACAAUCAAUGAUUAUUUCAUAUUGAAUAUGGCUAUUGCGGAUUUUCUUGUUGGAUUUUUUUGCAUUCCCUUUUAUAUUCCAUUCAGUUUAACGCAAAUAUGGCCAUUCGGAAGACUUUUCUGCAAAAUUUGGGUUACUGUUGAUGAUGUUGCAACAAUGGCCAGUGUGAUCAAUAUCGUCGCAAUCACUGUUAAUCGUUAUUGGUCAAUUGCAUAUCCAAUUGUCUAUCGGAGAUAUAUGAAACAACAUUUCGUUUCUAUCGUUAUGGGCGGAAUUUGGUGUCUUUCAUUUUUAAAUUUUGCACCAGGAAUCUGGUUGAUAAAUUUUUCUUCAACGGAAACGAAUGUUACUCGAACCGAUUGUUCCGGUGAUUAUAAUAAUUCAUUUAUUUACAUGCUAAUAGCACAAUUUAACUAUUUUAUCUGGCCAUUUAUUGUCUUAUGUGUUUUAAAUAUGUUAAUUAUGCUAAAUAUUUGGAAACGAAGUCGUAAAAUGAGUCGUCUCAUAAAUUUACAUCAUUUUCAAAAGUCUAAAAUCGAAAAUCCGAUGUCAUCUCUACAUGGAACAGAGAAAGAUGGUGAAGAUGAACAACGUACACUGUCUGAAACGAAAGUUCAAUUGAAUCCACUAGAACGUCGUGUAACACUCAUCGUUGAACGAAACGAAAACUUAAUCCAGAUCUCAUCAUCCAAUCAAAAUCUCAACGCUCUUUGUCAACCUCAGCUACCCAUCGUUCAACAUCGAUCUUCCAAUUCAUCAUUGACAGUACGUUCUUUGCGAAAAUCUGCCAGUACUAAUCGUUCAAGUUCACGUCGUUAUCAAAGUGAAACGGUACACGACUGUGACCCUGAUGUCUCACGAGCAAAUUUCGACGACAGAGGAUCAUCAUUUCGUUAUCGACCAAAAUAUCGUGAAUAUUGUCAAAAGCGUUCGCGGAUUAUCCGCGAUCGGAAAGCGGCUCGCUCUUUAUUUAUUCUUGUUAUUGUUUUUCUUAUCUUCUUAUUUCCAUAUGUGAUUUGUGCAACAGCAUCCACAGCUGGUUUGGAGAUUUCUUCGAUUAUCUACGAGAUUUCCUUUUGGCUCUUGUGGAUGAAUUCGACGUGUAAUCCAGUUCUUUAUCCAUUCAUUCAAACGAAAUAUCGAAAAGCCUAUUUGAAAUUAUUUCGAUCGUGCAGAAAAUUGAUUUUCUUGAUUUGUGUUUAUGAUUUGUCAUUUUAUCCAAUGAGAGAAACAAUUUCCGUAACAUCAUCAACACAAAAUAAAUUGAGAAAGCGAUUAAAAAAGUCGACAAAUCUGUCCAAUCAUGAAUUUACGAUCGAACAAAUACAGAAAACGAUUCCACUUUUAGCACAAGCAUUUGCUCAUGGUUUUUUUAUUGAAGUUAACUGUCGAACUUUAUCAGAAAAUCUUCUCGAUCAAUUGGCAUAUCAAGUAUAUGAAUUCGUGCAGAAGCAGGAAGAACAUCUCAACCGUUCGUUGAUCUUUCAUUCCUUUGACGAUUAUUCACUGUUGAAAGAAUUCGUUCGAAAAAUCUUUAUCGGCGAUUUCGAAGAAAAUCAAACGAAAAAACGUAAAGAAAUUCAUUCGAUGAACAUUUUUUUAUAUAAAACCAAAGAUGAUCAUCCAUCGAUUCAAGAAAUUCUCGUUGAAAACGAAAAGCAACAAUUUGCUUCGCGUUGGUCGUUGCCACAUGAACAAUUCGAGUCACUAUGGGAAACAUUAGAAUAUGAUUUACCACUCAAAUCACAAUUAAUGCAAUACGUUUUCACCGUGAUUCGUUUCGAUAAAGCAAAUAUUGAUCGCACUGUUCUACAUUGUAAUCAAACUAUUCUUCUUUAUGGACCACCGGGAUGUGGAAAAACAACAUUAUGUAAAGGUUUAGCUCAGAAAGUGUCGAUUCGAAUGAAAGAAUUGUUCUCCAGAUUCUAUUUUUACGAAUUAAAUGCGGGUUCAUUAUUUUCCAAGUGGUUUUCGGAAUCAUCACAUAAUUUAACUCGAUUUUUUCACGAUAUUACACAGAUUUGUCUUGAUCCAAUGACAUUUGUUAUUAUUCUUAUUGAUGAAAUUGAAUCAUUAUCUAUGUCACGAACAUCAUCAUUAUCAUCAAAUGAACCAUCGGAUAUGUUACGUGUAGUUAAUACACUUCUCACACAGAUUGAUCGUUUGAAAUCGUUUUCGAAUAUUCUCAUUUUGACAACGUCGAAUCUUAUUGAAAUCAUCGAUCAAGCGUUAAUCGAUCGAUCCGAUUUAACUUUGUUUAUUGGACCACCAUCAUUGAAAACGAUUUUUCAUAUCUUUCAAGCUUGUUUAGAUGAGUUAAUUGAAAAAAAUCUCAUUCAUUCAUCAGCGAGUCGACCCGAAGAAAUCAAAGAUCAACUAUGGAGUUUAGCUAAAGAAAGUGAUGGUCUAAGUGGAAGAACGUUGAGAAAAUUACCGAUGAUUGCUUUUUCAUACAUACAACAGUCGGACGAUUUUAUUCAAUGUGAUGAACUUUUCAAUGCUAUGCACGAACAAUUGAAACACAAAAGAAAUACAAAUGAUUAUUUACAGCAAUUGACUAAUUCCUAA